GCCAAAUGUGAACACGUGAGCAAAACAAAGCGAAGAAGAACAGUUCACGAUGGCUGGAUUUGAUGAUGCGGGUGUAUUUUUCAGUGAUAACUUUGGAUCUGAAGAUCAAACUGACGAAAAUCAGAUCAACAGACAACAAAUCAAGAAGAGAUUCAAGGAUUUCAUCAGGCAGUUCCACGAAGGGAACUUUUCAUACCGAUAUCGAGACCAGCUGAAAAGAAACUACAAUCUUGGGCAAUAUUGGCUGGAAAUUGACCUGCAAGAUGUUACGAGCUUCGACGAAGCCUUGGCAGAAAAACUUGGCAAACUUCCUGCAGAACAUUUGCCAUUGUUUGAAGAUGCUGCAAAAGAAGUGGCAGAUGAGGUAACAAGGCCCCGUCCAGAUGGUGAUGAAGAUGUUGAAGAUAUACAGGUCAUGCUCAACUCCUCAGCCAACCCUUGUAGUAUUCGAGAGCUCAAGUCUGAGCAAAUGGCAAAAUUGGUCAAGAUUCCCGGGAUCGUGAUUGCAGCCUCGGGUAUCAAAGCCAAGGCCACCAAGUUGACUCUUCAAUGUCGUGGCUGUCAGAACAUCCUGAAUAACAUAGCUGUCAAUCCAGGAAUGGAGGGUUAUGCUUUGCCCCGUAAAUGUAAUACAGAGCAAGCGGGACGUCCUAAAUGUCCUAUCGACCCUUUCUUCAUUGUACCAGACAAGUGUAAAUGUGUGGAUUUCCAGAACCUGAAACUGCAGGAGGCUCCCGAGGCUGUGCCCAAUGGUGAACUACCUCGUCAUAUGCAACUGUAUUGUGAUAGAUACUUGUGUGACAAAGUUGUACCUGGUAAUAGGGUGACUGUGGUUGGGGUGUUCUCCAUCAAGAAAACCUUCCAAAGUUCCAAGAAGAACACUCGGGACAAGGUUAAUGUUGGUAUCCGUAGCCCAUACUUCCGUGUAGUGGGAAUACAGGUGGAUACCGAUGGGUCUGGUAGGAGUACCAACUCUCCUAUAACUCCCACUGAAGAAGAAGAGUUUCGUCGACUGGCCAGUAGCCCGAACAUAUACGAGACCAUUGCCAAAAGCAUUGCACCUUCAAUCUAUGGAUGCAUUGACAUGAAGAAGGCAAUAGCUUCAUUGCUGUUUGGCGGAUCCAGGAAGAGAUUACCUGAUGGCCUAACAAGAAGAGGUGAUGUUAACAUCCUUAUGUUGGGAGAUCCUGGUACAGCCAAGUCUCAGUUGCUUAAGUUUGUAGAGAGGGUGUCACCAAUUGCUGUGUACACCUCCGGCAAGGGCAGUAGUGCUGCAGGUCUGACUGCAUCAGUCAUCCGAGACCCGUCCACUCGCAGCUUUGUAAUGGAAGGUGGAGCCAUGGUACUUGCUGAUGGUGGAGUUGUGUGUAUUGAUGAGUUUGACAAAAUGAGGGAAGAUGAUCGAGUUGCUAUACAUGAAGCUAUGGAACAACAGACCAUAUCAAUCGCUAAGGCUGGAAUCACAACUACACUUAACUCGAGAUGUUCAGUUCUGGCUGCUGCUAACAGUGUGUAUGGACGAUGGGACGAAACCAAGGGAGAGGAGAACAUAGACUUCAUGCCCACCAUCUUGUCCAGAUUUGACAUGAUUUUUAUAGUCAAGGAUGAACAUAAUGAAGAAAGAGACAUGAUACUGGCCAAGCAUGUAAUGAAUGUCCAUCUGAAUUCACUUCAAAUGUCUGAGGAGCAGGCCGAUGGAGAGAUAAACCUGCUCACUCUGAAGAAGUAUAUAUCCUACUGUAGAACGAGAUGUGGUCCAAGGCUAGCAGUAGAAGCUGCUGAAAAGUUGAAGAAUCGUUAUGUGUUGAUGAGAAACAGCGCCAGCGAGUAUGAGAGGGAAACAGGGAAGCGUAUCAGUAUACCAAUUACUGUCAGGCAAUUGGAAGCCAUCAUAAGAAUAUCAGAGUCCCUGGCCAAGAUGAGAAUGCAGCCAUUUGCUACUGAGGUGGAUGUAGAUGAGGCCCUUCGACUGUUUCAAGUAUCCACACUGGAUGCUGCUAUGUCUGGGAACCUCUCAGGUGUAGAAGGAUUCACUACAGAAGAAGAUCAGGAACUUUUGAGCAGGAUUGAAAAACAAAUCAAACGACGAUUUAUCAUAGGAUCCCAAGUGUCAGAACAUGCCAUCAUUCAGGACUUCACAAGACAGAAAUAUCCUGAACGCUCCAUAUACAAGGUGCUACACUUUAUGAUGAGACGAGGGGAAGUUCAACACAGGAUGCAGAGGAAGAUGUUGUACAGAGUGAAAUAGAGUGCUAAAUACAGACCAGAGUUUUAGAAUCACCAGACAUAUAGACCCCUGACUUUCUAUAGCACAAUGGCAGUAAUAGAUCUGAUGUGCUCCAAUAGUUCUUAAAUUGUUACAGAGAUGGAAACUUUUUUGAACACAUGUUCCUGAUUCAUCAUGUUGACAUUUUUGGAGGCAUGGUUUUGAUAACUGGAACUAAUGUCAUUUAUAUGUGAAUGAACUGCAAUUAGAUAUUGGGAAGUAAUAAUCCUGGGUUUUCUUUCAAAUGCAGGAUUUUGAAAAGAUAAGAUACUUAUUUAUGUUGAUACUUUAUACAAAAGUAUUUUGUAAAGUGAUAUGAAUAACAUUUAAAACUUUUUUUUUGUACAAUGUAUAUAUUUAUAAUGAAUUUUGUAAAUAUUAUUGGAAUAAACAUGAUAUCAAUCUGAUA